AUGAGGAUCCGUCUGGCCAGAAGAUGGACCUGGGUCCGCAAAAGCUGCGUGUUUCUCGGUUUCUUGAUGAUCGCUUACUUUGUGGUCGAGCUGUCGGUUUCUUCAUUCGGUGCCUCCCUCGCCGGGGAGAGCAUCACCAAAGGGAAAUGGGAGAGGCGCUUUUCUGACAGAGCAGAAGAAGCUGUGGAUUUGGCUCGUCCAGUUUAUGACAAACCCCCGCCUGACUCUUAUGCCCCAGGAGAAUGGGGUAAGCCCUCUCGCCUGCAGCUGAGUCCUGAGGAGAAGAAACAGGAAGAGGAGCUGAUUGAGAAGUAUGCAAUUAAUAUUUAUUUGAGUGAUAAAAUCUCUCUCCACCGGCACAUUGAAGAUAAUCGAAUGAGUGGCUGUAAAACUAAAUCUUAUGAUUACAGAAGACUGCCCACAACAUCUGUUGUAAUUGCUUUCUACAAUGAAGCUUGGUCAACCUUGCUGCGGACCAUACAUAGUGUUCUUGAAACGUCACCUUCAGUGCUUCUAAAAGAAAUUAUACUGGUGGAUGACUUGAGUGAUAAAUUGUAUUUGAAAGCUGAACUGGAAAAAUACAUAAGCAGCCUGAAAAGAGUUCGUUUGAUAAGAACCAACAAAAGAGAAGGAUUGGUUCGUGCCCGCUUAAUUGGUGCUACUUUUGCUACUGGUGAGGUCCUCACAUUUCUGGACUGUCACUGUGAAUGUGUCUCUGGUUGGCUGGAACCACUCCUCGAGAGGAUUGCUGAGAAUGAGACUGUUAUUGUCUGUCCUGUCAUUGACACCAUUGACUGGAAAACUUUUGAAUACUACAUGCAAACAGCAGAGCCCAUGAUUGGGGGGUUUGACUGGCGGCUGACAUUCCAGUGGCAUUCGGUGCCUAAACACGAACGUCUCCGGCGCAAGGCUGAAACCGAUCCAAUCAGAUCCCCAACCAUGGCUGGUGGCUUGUUUGCUGUCAGCAAGAAGUAUUUUGAGUACUUGGGUACCUACGAUACAGGAAUGGAUGUCUGGGGAGGGGAGAACUUAGAAUUAUCAUUUAGGGUUUGGCAAUGUGGAGGCAUGUUGGAAAUUCAUCCAUGCUCCCAUGUAGGCCAUGUGUUUCCAAAGCGUGCACCCUAUGCUAGACCCAAUUUCCUUCAGAAUACGGCACGUGCUGCUGAGGUGUGGAUGGAUGAGUUCAAAGAGCACUUUUACAACAGAAAUCCUUCAGCAAGAAAAGAAAACUAUGGAGAUAUUUCUGAAAGAAAGACACUGAGAGAACGUUUGAAAUGCAAGAGUUUUGACUGGUAUUUAAAAAAUGUAUUUGCUGAGUUGCAUGUACCAGAAGAUCGCCCUGGCUGGCACGGUGCUAUUCGCAGUGCAGGAAUAACUUCAGAAUGCCUCGACUAUGUCUUACCAGAACAUAAUCCAACUGGGGCUCACCUUUCUCUCUUUGGAUGUCAUGGACAAGGAGGCAAUCAAUUUUUUGAAUAUACAUCAAAUAAGGAGAUUAGGUUUAACUCUGUAACUGAGCUGUGUGCUGAAGUCCCAGAGCAUGAAGAUUACAUAGGUAUGAGGAGCUGCCCAAAAGAUGGGUCUCCUAUCCCAGAAAUUAUUAUAUGGUAUUUCAAAGAUGAUGGGACAAUUUAUCAUCCUCAUUCAGGAAAGUGCCUUACUGCUUAUCAUACAACUGAGGGGCGUGCUGAUGUGGAAAUGAGAACUUGUAAUGAUGGAGAUAAAAAUCAGAUUUGGAACUUUGAGAAAUAA